AUGGAUCAUUUGAGCAAUUCCGCCACUUCGAGAAUUCUGAAGGUGCUUCUCCAGAUUAACGAGAGGCUGGAAGAGCAGGACCAACGACUUCGAGAUGUUGUGUCAGCCAUUCACGAUGCAAAAUAUGUAUCGCAGCCGCAGAAGCAGGAGGACGCUAUACCCAUCAGCAUGCACUUCGGGCUUUUCCACACUCUAUCGACCACGAUUCUAGAUGGUGGAGUCAAUCUAUCCGAGAUCAAGGUUACAGAACCUGAUUUACUGCGUGUGCUACGAGCAAUUUUCGAGCCUCCGUGUCCAAGCCCGCGAGAUGAAGACCUAAGCCCCAUGAAAAUUGCGUAUCCUUUUGAACCAUUCCGCAUUUACUGGGAUAUCUUGCUAGUGUAG